AUGAGUGGUACGAUAAUUGUUGGUACUGAGAAGAAAAAUAGCAGUAUUGAGAGUAAAAAGAAGAAAAACGAAAAGCAGCAGGUGAAACAGCAACAGUCGCUUCGCGAUUGGCUCUUCGCGUGGGAACUCAUCGCUGCCUUCAGUCCACCGCGUACGGUCUGUAUUCUUCACACACUCUGUCGUGAUGUGCGAUCCACACUGCAGCACAGCUCCACAGGAACACGGCUGCUGCAACGCUACUGGAACGCACAAUAUCACCGACUUGUUUGGGGAGAUGAGGUGAAAGUGGGGGAUGAGCAAAAGAAUAAGGCGCGGCGAACACUGGAAUUCACCCUUUCCCGAAGUGAAGGGAAACGUGAUUGGAUGAAAAUGUACCGUGAGGAGUACCCAAGCUGGUGUGCCCGUACAUUUUUAGGUGUUGGUACACGUAAUAAUGAUGUUAACGUGGCGAAGGUUCUGUUUAAAGUAGAACCGCCUAAUGAAGCCCUACCUGGAGAAGAAAUCGCAAAGAUGGAACUCACACCAGAGGAAGCAUUGGCACGUAGAGUGGAAAAGAAUCUUCAAAAUCUUGAAGGUGAAGAAGUAGAGAACUGCAGCGGCAGUGGCAGCAGGAACAGGAGCAGGGGCAAGGGUAACAGUCAUCCUCAGAUAGUGGAUAAGAAGGGACGCCGUAAAGGUGACAGAACCGAUAGGCAGAAAGUGAUGAAAAAUCCCGCACUAGGGCUUUCACGUGAUGAUUACAAAAAUGAUCAACGUCUUGGGAAACACAAAGAAAAGCAUAAGAAAGGUCGUAUGGGUCGAUGGGAUGGAUUAGCAGGAGACGGGUGUGCAGAUGACAAUGACUGGUAA